AUGAGUUUGUUGUACCCAGACAGCAUUGUCAACAAGGCAUUGACAGAGUUGGCGUACGAGGGUUCCCAAGGUGUGUCGUUUGAUAAGUUGUGGGAGUUGUUGACACCAAUAUUACAGAUUGAUGGGUUUUAUCAAAAGGUGAUUUACGCAUGGUUGAUAAAGAAUUCAAAUGUUGAAAUAUUAAAUGCUGAAGAAAAAGUUAUUGAUGCUCCUAAAAAUUAUGAUGAUAUUGCUCAGGGGAAAUAUUUCAUAAGAGUUACUAGUGAUUAUCAAUGUUUGGUUCUUACUGGGUUACCUAAAGAAAAUAAUCCAAUUAUUGGUCGUGCUUAUGAUUUAUUAGUGGAAAUUGCUAAAAGUAGAAAAGAAGGUAUUGAUACUUUAACUUUAACUCAAAAAACUGGUCAAGAUAAAAGAAGUUUAACUACAAGAAUUAAAAAUUUAGGUAAUUUAGUUGUUAAAGUUCCAAUUUUGAAAAAUGGUAGAAAUUUAAGUCUAUUAACUUUAACAAAAUUUUUCGAUAAUGCUGCUUAUAAUAAAAAUCCAAUAAAAUCUGAAAAAGAAGAAAAAUUUAUUAUAAAUGUUGAAGAUAUUAGAUUAAGAAUUAUUAAUGCAUUGAAAAAUGCUAAACAUAAUAUUCGUCAAACUGCUGAUUUGAAAAGAGAAUUAGAAAUGGAUAAAUCUUCAAAACUUUCAAGAAAUUUUAAAUCAAUAACAACUUAUUUAGAAGAAAAACAAUUUUUGGAAAAAGUCUUUGUUGUUUCUCCUAAACCACCAAAAAGACAGUUUUUGGCUUUGAAAUAUUUGAAAGAUUAUAUCCCAAAGAAUCAAAGGGAUCAGAAUGAUAAUGAUGAUCUAGAUGAUGAUGACGAUAUCCCAGAUGAUGAUGACGAAGAACAAGAAUUAAAUGAAGAUUUAAUAGAUGAUAAUUUAAAAGAUUUAGAAAAUGAAGCUCCAACUUCUUUAACAAAUGUUGAAAAUAUUGAAAUUACAUCUUCAAAAAAUUCUAAAAAUUAUACAAUUUUCAAUAGAAUUUUCCCUUUACAAAAUCAAAUUUUUCAACUUGUUAAUAAUAGUGGAACUUCUGGUUUAUCAACAAAUGAUCUCUUGGAUACUGUCUUGGGUAGAUCUUAUGAUCGUUUAUUUACAAAAGUAAUGGAAUGUUAUACCCCGGAAAAUUUAAUUCCAAAUAUUGCAAAUCAUUCUAUUGUUAGACAUUAUGAUUUCCAAGGUAAAGUUAAAUUCUAUAGAUAUUUAACAAGACCAAAUUUUUUGAAAUUUUCAGGUCAAGAUCAAGAUUUAAAUGGUUCAACUUUAUUAACAUAUGAACCAACAAAUACUUCAUUAAAAGAACUUAAUAAGAAACAUUUUACAACUUUAAAUAGUGGUGUUUCUGUUGUUACAACUUUAGAUGGUCAUAAAUAUUUACAAUGGUUUGGUAGUCAAGUUAUUGAAGGUUCAACUCCAUCUAAAUCAAAGAAGAAAAAAACUACAAAGAAAGAUGCUAAUGAUAAUACCAAAAAGAAAAGAGGUCGCCCUAGAAAAGGCGAAGAAGAUUCUAAUAAAAAUAAACAACUUAAAGUUUCAAAUAUAGAAUCUCAAACUUCAAAUAUUGAUGAAAUUCCAUUCAUUGGUGAACCUUCUAUUACUCCACAAAUUUCAUCAACUAGAACUUCAAUCCCACAUCAAGAUCAAGAACCUGAAAAAGAACCACAACCUGAAACUCAAGAUGAUAUAUCUAGUUCUAUUGACCCUCAAUUGGCUAAUCCAACAGAUAUACCAGUUGCAGAUUCCACUACCACAACGGAAAAUCCUGAGCCUUCAACAUCAGAUACGCCAACAACAACAGAAAAAUCAAGUUCAAAAGAUAAACGCAAAACAAAGUUUAAUGAAGCUGGUAAAUUUAAACAUUCCAAAGAAAAACUUAUUACUGUUUCUGAUUUAAAAGUAACUUCUUUCAAGGCGCUUGAACGUAUGAAUACUAUUAUGAAAGUUCUUAAAGAUAAUAAUGGUGUUAUGGAAAAUUCUAUUAUUUUUUCUGAAGCUGUUAAUAAAGAAGCUAAUCAACAAAUUGAUAGGAAAACUUUUAAAAAAGAUGUAAAUUCUUUAAUUGAACAAAAUAAGAUUUAUAUUGGUGAAUUUUUCAUUGGUAGAGAACAACAAAAUCAUAGUGUUAUUAUUUUAAAAGGUACAACUAAUGAAGAUCUUAACAAAGCUGAACACAUAAUGAAGGAAAAUCUAAAAUCAUCUGGUAAACCUUUAGCUAAAAAAAGCACUCUUGAAAAUAUUGAUCUUGAAUUUUAUGAUGAUGAUUUUAAGAAAUCAUUUGAAACUGAAUUACCACCAACAAAGAGAAUGAGAGCUAUGGAAAGAAGAGCUCAAAGGGUAAAAGAGCUUGCACAAAAUGAAGAGGAAAAGAAUGAAGUUAAUGAAAAUAAUGAUAAUGAUAUUAAUGAUCAUGCUAAAGCUAUUGAAAAAGCAUAUAGAGAGGCUCAAACUUCUAAUACAUUAACCUAUGUUGAUGAAUCAUCAUCAUUCCCAUUUCCAACUUCAGCUCCAAUUCAAGCUCCAGUUCAAGCACAAUUUCAAGCUCCAAACACUGGUUUAACCCGUAAAUCUACCAAAGCAGCUCCAAAACCAAAGAAAAAAUCAACUCCAAAGAAACAAGCUGUCAAAUCUAAACCAAUUGUUGCCAAAGCUCCAAGAGUUAGAAAAGAAAAGAAAACUACAGAAUGGGAUACACCAAAACCAAAAGAACAAAGAGGUCAAUCUUAUAGAAACAAAAGAAAUACUUCAAAUCUUAAUAGUGCGGAUACAAUGUUACUUUUCAAAGCUGUUAUUAUUUGUAAAACAAUUACUAAAAACAUUAUUGAUUGGGAAAAAAUUACAAAAUUAUUUAAUGGUAUACCUGAAGAAAUUUUGAAAAAAAAAUGGCCAAGAAUUAGAAUGAUGAUGGGUCAAAAUGGUGGUAAAGUUGCAAGACGUACAUGGAAAAGGAUUUUACUAUCAGCUGUAAAAGAAGGUAGAAUUAGUUUAGAAGAAGUUGAAAAUUUAAAUUUAGAAAAUUUGGUUAAAAUUUGGCAAGAUUCUGAAAUUUUAGGUUUAUCAGAUGAUUUAUCAGAUAGUCUUUUUGCAAAUUAUGAAGAUAAUAUUUCUCAUUAUAAUUUUGUUAAAUCAUCAAUUUCAACAAAUUCAUAUCUUUAUGAUCCUAAUUCAAUGGUUCAAAGAGAACAAUAUCUUGUUAGUAGAUCUUUUACUUAUGAAAAUAAUGAUGAGAAAGAUUUUGCUCAAGCUGUUGAUCACGUUGUUAAUAAUGAUGAUGGAUUUGAAGAAGAUAAUGUUAAUAAUAGAUCCAUUAUUAGAAAGACUAUAAUUGCAAUUAUAUUAAGUGGUACAAAUACUAAUAUUAGAAAAUUACCUUUAUUAGAAUCAUUUGAUAAGCAAUUAGUUGAUGAAGUUUUCAUGGAAAUGACUAGGAAAAAGGAAAUUUCAAUUAAUUUAGAUACAAAAGUUUCAAUAGGUGAAACAUUAAAUAAUAUUUUGAAUAGCAAUACUUAUGAUUUUUCAAUAACAAAAGUUAAUCAAAUUCAAAAUUUAUUAAAUGAAGUAUUUGAAGCUAAAAAGGCAUUUGUUUUAAAUCCAAUUUUUGAUAAUGCAUAUAUGGUUCCAAUAAUUGAAUUAUUAUCAAGAAAUCAAUUAGAUAUUCUUAGAGUGGAUCAUUAUAGGAAAGAAGUAUUAGAAGGAUAUGAAGCAAGGGUUAUAGAAAGAGAAAAAUUAGAUUGUGAUAUAAUUUUAGCACCUGGAUCUGAAAAAAUUCAAAAUGUUUCCAAUGAAUCACCAUUAGUUCCGAUGGGGAAACCAUGUUCAUAUAUUUGGAUUGAUGUUGAGGGUAAAAUUAAUAAAAAUGUAUGGAAUAAAAUCAAUAGACUUGUUCUAAUUACAAUCUUGGGGAAACCUGGUAUAACUAAAUUUGAUUUAUUAGAAAAAUUAUCAUUAGUAUUAAACAAAGAAGAAUUAAUUAAAAUAUUGGAAUGGCUUGUUGAUGCUAAAGCCAUUAAAGAAGGUGAAUUCCAAGGUGUUUGGUUAAAUCCAUUUUGGUAUACAAUUUUCGGGACAAGUUGA